AUGAGCUUUCAACAAGUUGUAUUAUCGAGGUGCUCCAGUGUUCUUAGACACCGUGUAGGCCACUCUCACCAUAUCAAUAAUAUUCUUUACAGACAUGCCAUCACGUUUUCAUCCAUCGCUCCCCGAAUACCUAAGUCCAGUUUCCAUAGCUCUGCAAUCAGGAACAACGAAGCAUUCAAAGAUCCGUACGAUACUUUGGGUUUGAAGAAAUCUGCUACCGGUGCGGAAAUCAAAAAGGCCUACUACAAACUAGCAAAGAAGUACCAUCCGGAUAUCAACAAGGAAGUGGAUGCCGAGAAGAAAUUCCACGACUUGCAAAACGCAUAUGAAAUUCUGUCCGACGAAAACAAGAGGCAGCAGUACGACCAAUUCGGGCCUGCUGCCUUUGGCGGCGGCGGUGCCGCUGGGGGUCCCGGUAGUGGUGGCUCUCCCUUUGGUUCACAGUUCCAUGACUUUUCAGGAUUUACCAAUGCAGGCGGCUCACCAUUCGGUGGAAUCAAUUUCGAAGAUCUGUUUGGUGCCGCGUUUGGUGGAGCUGGUCGUAGCAGCGGUGGGGGGCCUAGGUCGUCCUCGAUGUUUAGACAGUAUCGAGGCGAUCCGAUCGAGAUCGUCCACAAAGUUUCAUUCAAGGAUGCAGUGUUUGGGUCCAAUAACGUUCAGCUUAAGUUUUCUGCACUGGACCCUUGCAGUACCUGCUCGGGGACGGGUAUGAAGCCAAAUACGCAUAAGGUCAAUUGUAGUACCUGUCACGGAACGGGCACUACGGUUCACAUUAGGGGCGGAUUCCAGAUGAUGUCGACGUGUCCCACUUGCAACGGUGAAGGUACGAUGAAGCGUCCUCAGGACAGUUGUACUAAGUGUCAUGGUGAAGGUGUGCAGGUUAACAGGGCGAAGACGAUCACCGUAGACUUACCACAUGGACUACAGGACGGCGAUGUUGUCAGAAUUCCCGGCCAAGGCUCGUACCCUGACAUCGCCGUGGAGGCGGACUUGAAAGACACAGUCAAAUUAUCGAGAGGUGAUAUUCUUGUGAGAAUUCGUGUUGACAAGGAUCCCAACUUUUCUAUAAAGAACAAAUACGAUAUCUGGUACGACAAGGAAAUUCCCAUCACUACAGCUGCACUAGGUGGCACUGUCACCAUCCCCACCGUGGAGGGGCAGAAAAUUAGAAUAAAGGUGGCUCCAGGGACCCAAUACAAUCAAGUGAUAUCCAUUCCUAACAUGGGUGUGCCAAAAACAACGACUAUUCGCGGUGACAUGAAAAUUCAGUAUAAGAUUGUCGUUAAGAAGCCACAAUCAUUAGCAGAAAAAUGCUUAUGGGAGGCACUGGCAGAUGUCACCAACGAUGAUAUGGCCAAGAAAACCAUGGAACCAGGCACAGCCGCGGGUACAGCCCUUAACGAAGGGAUAUUGAAGAAACAGAAGCAAGAAGAGGAAAAACACGCGAGAAAGGAUGACGACAACACUUUGAAAAGAUUGGAGAAUUUCAUAACCAAUACAUUCAGGAAGAUCAAAGGCGACAAAAAAGACUAA